UUUUGACGAGCAGCGUGUUUCGAGAGAGAGGAGCGAGAUACGAACAGGACUACAAACAGUGUUUAUAGUAGACAGAGAGAUGAGCAACAGCGCUACAAGCCCCAUGGCAGCCAGCAGCACCUCCACGUCUGGGAGAGGAUCCGGAAAAACAAUCAGCUUCAUCCCGGAGCUUCAGAGCAUGAUGUUUGCACUGGGAGAUUCUCGGAGACCCCUGCACGAGACCGCCGCCCUGGUGGAAGACAUAGUGCACACACAGCUCAUUAACCUGCUCCACCAGGCAGCUGAGGUAGCAGUGCUGAGAGGGGCCAGGGUCAUAGCACCAGAGGAUAUCAUCUUCCUCAUGAGGAAGGACAAGAAGAAAUUGCAAAGACUGCUUAAAUACAUACAGUUCCGAGAUUACAAAUCCAAACUUCUGAAAACCAUAGAUGAUGAUGAAACACUGGACUCAGACAAAUACUCCAGCAGCGGUUCUAACAAGAGGCAGAAACUGGCCAUGGACUUUCUGGGCUCCAUCGACCAGACCGGGGAAUUUCUGGCACUUCUGGAGGAUGAAGAGGGCGAUGAAGUCAAGCAGGAGAGGAUAGAGAGACUCGACAAACAGACAAGAAAUAUGGACUCAGCACAGUAUUCUGAAUUUUGUGAAAGUCGCCAGCUCAGCUUUUCUAAAAAGCUCUCCAAAUUCAGAGAGUGGCUCGACUGCAGCACCCUAGAAGUGAAACCCAAUGGAUUUUCCAUGGAUAUCCUUUCAUAUUUGGCCUAUGAAACAGUUGCCCAGAUUGUUGACCUUGCCCUGUUGGUAAAGCAAGACAUGAUUCCCAAAAUAGGCAACCCUUUCCGCCAUGCUGUAUCAGCUACAUUCCUCCAGUACCACAACUCCAGUGCUGAGGCCACAUUUGCCAAACGGGAAAGUGAUUCUCCGGAGAGCACCCCUCCCUCUACCCCCAGCUCAGGUCAACAGGCCAAACAUCACUCCAUGAACCAGGGCAAUGGCACUGUCAGUCAGGACUCCAGCUCCAAGAGCAAACAGCGCAAGAGGAAGAAGAGCGCAGCAGCGUGUGGCGCGGAGGCUCAGAGCAGUGCCAUCCAGCCCGGCCACAUCAGAGAGGCCAUCAGGCGCUACAGCCACAAGAUUGGCCCACUCUCCCCCUUCUCGAGUGCCUACCGCCGGAGCGGCAUGACUUUCCUGGCGUGCUGAAGAGGAACGUGAUGGAGGGUGCAGUAUUACCUCUCACUCACCUCAUCUGUAUCCACUACUGAAGCUCAGACUGAGAGUACGCUGCUCGUCAAGCAUGCUAACAGACCCGCUUCCGCCUGCGUCCAGUACUGCACACGUCCACUGUGCACCAAACCACAGUGUGCCAAAGGAGGAGUUAUUAACUUACUUUAGUUCAUUAAAUUGAUCUUUUUUAUUUUUGGAUAUCAGUUGUGUAUUGCAUUUUUUGUUUUAGGAUUAACACUGAUACUGUUUUUUUUUUUUUUGUUAUGUACACAUUUUGUCCUAUGUACUUUUGCAAAUAUUUUUUAAAUAAAGUAAAAUAAAGCAUA